CGUCGUACGGUAAUUAUUUUCUUUUUUUCUCCACCUCCUCCUCGUCCACGUUCUCCUCUUGUUCGGUUUUUAGUUUAUGUUUGUUCGGUGUUUUACUUUUUUUUUUUACUCUCGCCCCUCCCUCCCGCGUGCCGUUACCGGGAAACGCAGGUCGAUCCCGAAACCGGCGGAGGCAGUCCCGCCGCUGGCGUCGCGCCCUGCCGACACUUGCCGACCGCGUUCGAAUCCUUUGUGCCUACUACAGAGAGUGCACGCACUUUCAGGAAAACUAUGCGCCGCGACGACGGCCGUGCGAACCGCAUAACGUCGCUGUCAUUGUCGGCCGCGGUGAUUAUUGUCGCUUAACUGGUGCCGCCAUCAGCGUCCGCGGCGAGGUCGGUGUUUUUUUCGCCUUGUGUUUUUUUAACUAUCCCAAGUGAAUUGCUGCCUGAGCAUGAGGAAAGAGAAGAAAAAGCGCAAGGACAAAAACAAAAAACAGGAACACCCGGAGUCGUCGCCGGACGAAUGCACACCCGGCUGCAGUAGCAUGGACUGUAUGGGCUUGCAGCAAGCACACGCGUCGCCUCCUCCCAGCUACGAAUGCAGCUUGGCCAAGAGACAAUCCUCCGAACAAGGUCAAAUGGUAAUCGACGAAGAAAACUAUGCAGCAUCGGCAAGUUGUAGUCAGCAACAGUGCGGUGAAUCCGAACAGGGCCAACAGAGUAGCGUUAGUUCUCCGGUCAGACAGGAAAUAUUUCAUAAGAGUAGCAAGGAAUUCUACAAAGCCGUAGCUGCCCAAUGGGGAAUCACGUGCAAAAUGAGCGACCAUUGCCGAUGCUUGGACUGUCAGAGUCGUUAUUUCGACUGCGAGUAUGAUCAAGAAAAUGAACACGAGAAGACAGACGGCGGUCUUGGAGCCGGGACGCCAAUGUUCUUGUCUGAAGUGAUGCACGGUUCAGCUUGCACUUUAUUUUAAUACUUAACGGUUUUACACAGAUGUGAUUUUUUUUUUUUUUAACUAUAAUCGAUAAAAAAAAAAUCAUGACUAUUUCUUAAGUAUAUGCGUACGACAUAAGAAUAUAAAAUCAUAAAUUAUUUUUUUGCCUGAACAAAUAUUUUACCCAGUGCCUAAAAGAAAAAAAAUGUGUGCAGGUUACAAUUAUUAUUAUAUUCCGGAUGGAAAAUUCAUCCCAUAUAGCCUUCGCCUAUAUUUAUUAAUAAAAUAAACUAUAACCUUCUUAAUACAAUGUGUUCUUAUAUUAUGACUUAUUUUUUAAAAUUAUUUUUAAGUAAAUCGAAAUGAUUUAUUAUGUAUCGGACCAUUAUUUAUUACCUAUGUUUAUAAACGACAUAAAUUAACUAAAUAUUUUAAUCAAAACCAUUAUU